GUCCACGCGCCACUGAGAAAAAGUGAAGAGGCAAAAAUGAUGAAGUUUGUGGUCUUGGCUGUUUUUGUUGCUGGAGCCUAUGGGUGUGGCCUGCCCACUUUCCCCCCCAUUCUGACAAGAGUGGUCGGUGGGGAGGACGCAAGACCCCACAGCUGGCCCUGGCAGAUCUCACUUCAGUACCUCAACAACGGUGAAUGGCGCCACACCUGUGGUGGAACUUUGAUCUCCAGUGAGUGGGUCCUCACUGCGGCUCACUGCAUCAACAACCGCAACACCUACAGAGUGGCACUGGGGAAGCAGAACCUGGUGGAGGAGGAGCCUGGCUCUGUCAACAUUGCCGCCGGCAAGAUCGUUGUUAAUGAGAAGUGGAACCCCCUGUUCAUCCGGAAUGACAUCGCCCUGGUGAAGCUGGAAACUCCCGUGACCUUCACAGACGACAUCAAGCCUGCCUGUCUUCCUGAGGCUGACGGCAUCCUUCCCAACGAGACACCUUGUUACAUCACUGGAUGGGGUCGCCUCUACACUGGGGGCCCCAUCGCUGACAUCCUUCAGCAGGCUCUGCUCCCCGUCGUCAGCUACGAAAUCUGUUCCCAGCCUGACUGGUGGGGUUCCCAGGUGACGAACAACAUGGUGUGUGCCGGCGGAGACGGCGUCGUGUCUGGCUGCAACGGAGACUCUGGUGGCCCCCUGAACUGUCGCAGCGCUGACGGCUCCUGGGCAGUCCACGGCAUCGUCAGCUUUGGCUCUGGCCUCAGCUGCAACUACCCAAAGAAGCCCACAGUCUUCACCCGAGUCAGUGCCUACAUUGACUGGAUGAACACGUCCAUGAUGAACAACUAGGAAGAUCCGAAGAAUUAAAGCAAGAUUCCCUGUUAAUGUACCGGCAUCUGUCUCUGAUAAACUGACUAACUAAAUAAACGGUCAUAUCCUUGUUGAAAAAAAAUGUAAACAUUCUUGCAGCAUAAAAUAAAAUUCCAAAAAGAUCAUAUAAACGUGAAAAUACA